CACAAGACAACAUCAUUAGCUCAAACCUCUAGUUGUCCGUUUCCUUGAGAGUUCUGUGCCCCAAACAGAGAGAGAGAGGGCUAUGUUUCAACUUCUUUGUUUUGUUUUUUUUUAAUCAUAAACAAGCUCUUAUGAUUCAAUUUUUACCCUUUUCACCUCUUCUCUUUUUGUCCCUAAAAAAAAAAAUCAUUAAUGUCUAUGAAAUAAUGGGUUUUGUUUUGUAUCAUGCGCUAAUUUUAAUUUAUUUACCUUGAGAGAGAUAAACAUGGGGGGUGAGUGUUGCUCACUACCAAAUGAGCUAGCUAGCUGAUGAUUAUGAUAACAUUUGUCACCUUUUUUCCCUUUUUUUUUAAAAUUUUUUCUCUCGGUCUUUUAGUUUCUCUCUUCUCUUUUUAAGUUCAUUUAUUGGUUAUGAUUUAGAGAUGAUGAUGUAAAAGAGUGGUAUAGUGCUAAUAUUGUGGUGGUGAAUUUGAUGCAGCAACAAAAGUUAUAAUGGAGUCAAUGGAGUCAUGUGUCCCACCUGGAUUCCGGUUCCAUCCGACCGACGAGGAGCUUGUUGGGUAUUAUCUCAGGAAGAAAGUUGCAUCACAGAAGAUUGAUUUUGACGUUAUCAGAGACAUUGAUCUCUACAGGAUCGAACCAUGGGAUCUUCAAGAGAGAUGCCGGAUCGGAUAUGAGGAGCAAAACGAGUGGUAUUUCUUCAGCCACAAGGAUAAGAAGUAUCCGACAGGAACAAGAACUAACAGAGCAACCAUGGCUGGUUUUUGGAAAGCAACAGGGCGAGACAAGGCAGUGUAUGAUAAAUCGAAGCUGAUUGGCAUGAGGAAGACUCUUGUUUUCUACAAAGGAAGAGCCCCAAACGGACAGAAAACUGACUGGAUCAUGCAUGAAUACAGGCUUGAAUCCGACGAGAAAGGACCUCCACAGGAGGAAGGAUGGGUAGUUUGUCGAGCGUUUAAGAAGAGAACCACUGGUCAAAAGAGCAUUGAAGGGUGGGACUCAAGCUACUUCUAUGAUGAAGUAAGUGGUAUUAGCUCCGUGGUUGAUCCAAUCGAUUACAUCUCGAGGCAACCCCAGAAAUUUUUACCCCAAAAUUUCUCGUGUAAGCAAGAAACAGAAGCAGAUAAUCUAAACUUUAUCUACUCUGAUCAGUUUGUACAGCUUCCUCAGCUAGAGAGCCCAUCUCUGCCAUUAAUAAAGAGGCCAAGCUCGAUAUCUCUAAUAUCAGAGAGUACAAAUUAUGAAGAAGAGGAUCACCAGAAUAGAAUGUGCAACAACACCAAGAAAGUGACUGACUGGAGAGCACUUGACAGGUUUGUUGCGUCACAACUGAGCCAUGAAGACAGAUAUGAUGGUGAAGGAGUUUCAAGCUUUGACAUCAAUAAUAAUAACAACUCAGACAUGGCAUUGCUGUUAUUAGAGAGUAGUGGUAGAGAAGAAGGGAAUAAGUUGAACGAGUUCUUGAAUCUUUCAAGUUCAGAUUGUGAUAUUGGGAUAUGCAUAUUUGAUAACUGAAGGAAAAAAAAAAAAAAGAGACAUGAAGAGGCUUUUAUCGCUUAGUGUUAUAAUCGUUUGAUGCAUAAUGAGACAUAUUUUUGUAAAAAUAUGGUUGUGAAAUGAAUGA